CCUUACGUCAAUCCAGACAGGAAGAAGAAAGCCAGCUCUGAUGGCACGGCGUCGUCUCCGUCCUCCUGGAAGAAAGUCAAGCUCGAUCGGCUGUCCGGAUUUAAAUGUUAUUUCUGGCGCACAUGCGUGCCCACUCUUCUCGCUCGUGGACGCGCUCUGCCGUCGUGUGCGCUGAAGGAGAGCUGCUUUUCAUGGCACGAAUCCCAUCCACCGACCAUUUGAUCCGCUGUGCGUGAAAAUAAGAGGAGAUGAAAAGGCAAAUGCUGCCCUUCUCCGCGCUCCUACUGUGCGCGUUACAUCAGGCGGCCGCGUCCGGCCGACGUCACACCACAGCAACAUCAUCAGCAUCAUCAGAGGACACAGGCAGGGCGGAUUUAACGCCCACCAACUGGCUGCAACAUUCUAACUCCAGGGGUAGGGGUACAGUUGGAAACCUUAAAGAGUUACCAGCUCAUGUUUUGUCCUUGAACACCAGCAGAGGAAAUCUCACUGUGAAACCUGACAGGCCAGAGGAUGAAGGAUCACCACUGUGCACUUACCAGGUGAUUGAAGGAGGCAUCGGGGGUCGGCUGUGUUUUCGACACACUCUCUUAGGAUACCAGUGUCAUCAGGGCGACUGCAGGGCGGCGGUGACUUCAGGGAGUCUGGUGGCAAACAUUCUCACAAACAGCAGCGUGCUGCUACAGUGGACACACCAGAGACAAUACACAAUGAUGGGCCGAGAUGUGAAGGCAGAACCUGGGACAAAUGUGACAAGAGACGGAAGUCUGCUGUUCGGCUUCCGUCGCCACAGAAGGGGAGGCUAUGAGUUAAGCUGUUGGUGGAAUGGAAGCUACACUCAGUUUGAGUGUGCCAGCAUCCGUCUUGGAUCUGGAUGCAGUGACUUUGUUCUGACAGAGCUGCAUGAAAAAAUCCCCUACCGUGUCUGCCUGCGGUCCCUGACCCCGUCAAAUCCGGCUCAGAGGACAGAUCGGCGGGACUGUGUAGAGUUCACCUUGCCACCAUCUGGGAUGCAGGACAUUGUGAUCGCCAUGACAACAGUUGGGGGAGCCAUUUGUGUGAUGCUGGUCAUCAUCUGCUUGCUGGUGGCAUAUAUCACAGAAAACAUCAUGAGCCCAACAACUCAGCGCACAUACUCUUACCGCUCUCACUCCCGACACUGACUCGAAUCAAGCCGGAC